CCAACGUCGAAGCCAGAGCCAAAGGGGGGACAGCUACAAUACCUUUAAGCAUUGGACUUUGUCACGACAUCGCUUCGCUUUUUAAUCAACGACACCUUCCGUAACGUACCCUUUCCAACAAUAAACCGAUUCGUCCAAUUGCGCCAAGGACAUCAGUGCAGUAGCUGUCGCCAUCAUGAGAUUCCUGCUUCCUCUCCUGUCACUCAGCGCCGCUGCGAAUGCGCUGCACUUCUUCAUCGACGGCACAACCCCCAGAUGUUUCUACGAGGAGCUGCCCAAGGAUACACUUGUCGUUGGACAUUACACUGCUGAGGAGUGGGAUGACCGAGUAUCAGCUUGGGUAAAGCAUGAUGGUAUCAGCAUCUACAUCAACGUCGAUGAAAUCUUCGACAACGAUCACCGUGUCGUUUCUCAGCGCGGAUCUGCCUCUGGCCGCUUUACCUUCUCCGCCGCCGAUGCUGGCGACCACAAGAUCUGCUUCACCCCUUCGUCUAGCUCUGGCCGCACCUCGUGGCUCUCAGCCAAGAACCCCAAUGGUGGCAUCAAGUUGACUCUCGACUUGGUAAUUGGCGAGACCAACCAAAUCGAGAGUAGCGAUAAGGGAAAGAUCCAGGACAUCACAUCACGUGUCAAGGAUCUCAACGCUCGUCUUGCUGAUAUCCGAAGAGAACAAGUCUUCCAGCGUGAGCGAGAGGCCGAGUUCCGAGAUCAAUCCGAGUCGACAAAUGCCCGUGUCAUUCGAUGGAUCAUCAUCCAGCUCAUCGUGCUUGGCAUCACCUGCACCUGGCAGCUUUCGCAUCUUCGAUCAUUCUUUAUUAAGCAGAAGCUCACCUAGAGUGAUUGUUCGAGCAAUUUUUGUUUACGAGUUGAAUCUUAGACUUCGGUAGUCCAAGAACAGUCAACAUGUCGUUUAUUGGGUUGGGUGUUGAUGGAUUGCGUACCAGAAAAGGAUAAAAGAGAUCGUUGGGCAGUCAAGCUACGGCGGGGAGUUCAUCUUUCAGUGACGAUGGCCGUGUAAUGUUACAUAUACAUGAUGAUGUU